AUUAACAGACGGGGCGUGUUUCGUCGUCGCCCUAGAUUCCCCGAGUCCUCCGGGUGGAGGGGAGUUUAUAUAAACAAGUUGCAAGACAACUAACGGGGACAAACGGACCUUAUUAGCCACACCGCCACGUUGGGAUUAUUUUUGGCGUUUAUAGAUUUUCUCGGAAGGGAAACAACCUUUGGCGGACACGUUUUGUUGGAGACUGCCUGGAUCCUCUCAGGGAUCUGAAGGAAAAGCAGAUAGCAUUUUCCUUGAAGCCGGAACCGUGGGGGUGGUAGGAUAUUUGCGAGUUUUAGCACUGCUGGCAUGUGGCAAUGUUGAUGUUAUCGGUAGAAAAGUACGGUGAUGGACAGUAUUUCUAUGACAGAGCAGGUGUUUAGAUGAGUCUAUACUGGUUCCGAGCUAGUUCUUUGGAUGAUCUUUGCUAAGAGACUACUUUUCCAUUUCCUGGUUGUCUGCUUUCUUCGACCCUGCUCCACCUGUGAAGCGCUUUGACUCGACUCUAAAUCGUCUCGACUCUCCACAGAUAAUAGAGCCCCCGCGUCUCCGGAGACCUGGCCUUCCGGGUUCCUCGCUGAUUCGCCGGGCGAGUCAUUAACAGACGGGGCGCGUUUCGUCGUCGCCCUAGAUUCCCCGAGUCCUCCGGGUGGAGGGGAGUUUAUAUAAACAAGUUGCAAGACAACUAACGGGGACAAACGGACCUUAUUAGCCACACCGCCACGUUGGGAUUAUUUUUGGCGUUUAUAGAUUUUCUCGGAAGGGAAACAACCUUCGGCGGACACGUUUUGUUGGAGACUGCCUGGAUCCUCUCAGGGAUCUGAAGGAAAAGCAGAUAGCAUUUUCCUUGAAGCCGGAACCGUGGGGGUGGUAGGAUAUUUGCGAGUUUUAGCACUGCUGGCAUGUGGCAAUGUUGAUGUUAUCGGUAGAAAAGUAUGGUGAUGGACAGUAUUUCUAUGACAGAGCAGGUGUUUAGAUGAGUCUAUACUGGUUCCGAGCUAGUUCUUUGGAUGAUCUUUGCUAAGAGACUACUUUCCCACUGCCUGGUUAUUGGCGUUCUUUGACCCUGCUCCACCUGUGAAGCGCUUUGACUCGACUCUAAAUCGUCUCGACUCUCCACAGAUGAUAGAGCCCCCGCGUCUCCAGAGACCUGGCCUUCCGGGUUCCUCGCUGAUUCGCCGGGCGAGUCAUUAACAGACGGGGCGCGUUUCGUCGUCGCCCUAGAUUCCCCGAGUCCUCCGGGUGGAGGGGAGUUUAUAUAAACAAGUUGCAAGACAACUAACGGGGACAAACGGACCUUAUUAGCCACACCGCCACGUUGGGAUUAUUUUUGGCGUUUAUAGAUUUUCUCGGAAGGGAGACAACCUUUGGCGGACACGUUUUGUUGGAGACUGCCUGGAUCCUCUCAGGGAUCUGAAGGAAAAGCAGAUAGCAUUUUCCUUGAAGCCGGAACCGUGGGGGUGGUAGGAUAUUUGCGAGUUUUAGCACUGCUGGCAUGUGGCAAUGUUGAUGUUAUCAGUAGAAAAGUACGGUGAUGGACAGUAUUUCUAUGACAGAGCAGGUGUUUAGAUGAGUCUAUACUGGUUCCGAGCUAGUUCUUUGGAUGAUCUUUGCUAAGAGACUACUUUUCCAUUUCCUGGUUGUCUGCUUUCUUUGACCCUGCUCCACCUGUGAAGCGCUUUGACUCGACUCUAAAUCGUCUCGACUUUCCACAGAUGAUAGAGCCUCCGCGUCUCCGGAGACCCGGCCUUCCGGGUUCCCCGCUGAUUCGCCGAGCGAGUCACUAACAGACGGGGCGCGUUUCGUCGUCGCCCUAGAUUCCCCGAGUCCUCCGGGGGGGCGGGUUUUGUUGCGAUGCUUCAAAAGGGUGCGAACAGCGCGGAGAUUAAGUACCUCAGCCUCGACUGGAAGUGAUGUUUCCGGCGUGCCGGUCUAACUUAGCAUAUUGUGGUUUACAGUCAGGGACGAGGUAAUUGUGUUGAUGGCGAGGAACGCUGUGAUGCGGGUCUCUUGUGGUGGAAAAUAGGCGGGCCGGCAUUGUUGUUGUUGGCAGCUCAGCCUCUGCAUUGUUCUAAGUAGCACAAACUCAUUUGCAUGCGCAUUGUCGUCAAAGCUUCUUCGUUCCUACCUCAGGGCGAUCUUCUUUCCAAGUGACGAGACUUCAUGUCGGCUUGAGACAAACCUGAGUGGACAAAUAAAGUUUGUGUCAAGACUCGUUCGUCAGGCACAGAGGAUCCAUUGAUUGCAAAGUGCACAUCAAUACACAAUGAGGCGCCUUGGGAGCCCUGUCUUCAGUCGCCUUGGCCCCGCCCUCGUCUCCUUGGCCCUGCGCUGCCUGGUCCUGGUCCUGGUGACGGUCCUACUCGGAUUCGCCCCUUAUUGCCAGGCGGUCCAGGCGGAGAACGUCACCGUUUUGGAAGGAGGCACGGCCCAGAUCUCCUGCCGCCUGCAGAACUACGACGGAUCCAUCGUGGUGAUCCAGAACCCUCGCCGGCAGACCUUGUUCUUCAACGGAACCCGGGCCCUAAAAGAUGACCGCUUCCAGAUGGUUCUGUUCACGCCGCGGCUGGUGCGCAUCACGCUGACCAACGUGAGCGUGUCGGACGAGGGCGGCUACUUCUGCCAGCUCUACACGGACGCCACACACCACCAGGUGGCCACGCUGGCCGUGCUGGUCCCCCCUGAGACCCCUGCCGUGGAGGUGAAGCAGGACGCCGUGGAAGGUGGCGAGGUGGAGCUCAGCUGCGUAUCGCCGCGCAGCAAGCCGGCCGCCACGCUGCGAUGGAUGAGAAAUGGCCGCGAGGUUCCUGGUGUGGUUUCCCAGCAGGACAACGGGAAGACCUUCAGCAUAUCCAGCACCAUCCGGAUCCCGGUGGAGAGGAAAGACAACGGGGCGGCAUUGAGCUGCGAGGCGCUCCACCCGGCGCUGGGCAACCAGAAGAGGAUCCGACACUAUCGCCUUGAUGUGUACUUUGCACCGACCGUGAGGAUCGUCCCCCCUACUGGCAUUUUGCGAGAGGGCGACUCGCUGAGCCUGACCUGCUCCGUUACUGCCAACCCUCUGCCUCAGAACAUCCAGUGGUCCAAGAUCAACGACACCUUACCCGAGCGGGCCGAGAUCUCGGGACCCACCUUCCAGAUUUCCCGCCUGAGCCAGUCGCACAACGGCACGUACCUUUGCCAGGCGCAGAACAACUUCGGAAGAGCCGCCGACCACUACACCCUGCUGGUCUACGAGAAUGUGUCAGCCCCUCCCACUCCUCCAUUCACCACCCCAACCCUCCUCCUCCUCCCAUUGGACCAGAAAGAUCCCGGUGCAGUGGUGGAGACUCACAGCGCGGUACCGUACGCGGUCAUAGGGGGCGUGCUGGCGCUGCUGGUGUUCACCGUCAUCUGCGUCCUCAUCGUCACCGUCUGGUGCUCCGUUCGCCAAAAAGGCUCGUACCGCACCCGAGAGCCCAUUCUUGCUUGGUACUGACCUAACAAAGCCAACUAACGCAUUUACCUGUCAGGCUCCUACCUUACCCACGAGGCCAGCGGCUUGGACGAGCACGGCGAGGUGCAGGAGGCCUUCCUCAACGGGAACGACGCCAGCCAGGGCAAGAAGGAGUACCUACUGUAGCCCUUUUUUCUCCCCUGUCACACACACACACACACACACACGCACACACACACACACACACACACGACUGUACAUAAAAACAACACAUGCAUCAAAACUCGAGCGCCAAAAAAUGAUCUUUUCUGGGAAACGGGAGUGCCGUAAUGUUCUGACCAGCUCAAAAAAAAUGUUCCUCAAUUGCCAAAAGCAGCUAUGAUUCCAGGAAAUAAUAGAAAGGAGUCUUUGGGAAGUGUUCAUACUUAACAAAGCAAGCUUACCGUCUUGUUUGGCCUUCGACUCAUUCGUAUCCCUCCCUUUUUUUUCUAACCCUCCUCCUUUUUGUGGGCUCCCUGUAAUGACAGGAUUAGUGUGGAGCCUUGCAGACGAGGAAGAAAGGAGUUUGACUCGCAAAGACGAUGAAGAAUUAUUUUAGAAUGUCAUUAGGAGGAUAAAAAAAAAAACAAGGUUUAGAAGUCUUAAUGGGAAGGGGCGGAAAAAGGGGAUGACACACACACACACACACACACACAUAAACAUUGACAAAGCGAGUAUACAUAUCUACGAAGUCCUUAUUUGUAUAAAAAAAAAACAGGGAAAAAAAGAACGGGAGCAGUAAAUUAAACUUUUAAGAAAAGAAAAUGUUUACUAUCGCAUUAUGAAACUACUAUACUAACAGAAUAUUAGCCUAUAGAGCAAACUACUGUCAAGUGAUCUUUAAAGAAAAAAAAAUAGUUGUAAGAAAAACCAACAGAAAAAAAAAAUGUCUUUAUCAGAAAAAAGAAAAACUACGAAGGGCUGCGCUGGAACAAAUUGAUAUGAGACUAAAGGUGCAUUGUUGUGAGGGGGGGGGGAGAAAGUCGUGUUUUUUAUCAAGAAAUUGUUGUCAUGUUCGGUAAAGUGUUAGUGGAAGACGUUGCGAGAGGAAAUAAUGGAAGUCGUCGAUAAAAUUAGGUCAAAGUACUCGGCCUCUGGAGCGUGAUAUGUCACCUCGUGGUGUUUUGUAUAUAUAUAUAUAUAUAUAUAUAUAUAUACACAAUAUAUAUAAUUUUUGAAGCUUUGUGAUAUUUAUUGGACUGAGAAUGGUUAAUGUUGCCCUUUUUUCUCAUGGUUACCCCUGGUACCCUUCUGUGAAGGUACACACACACACAAAAAGGCAAAAUAAAAAGCUAACUUUAGAUGCACACGUAGCUGAAUGACGUCUUGUGUAGUUUAUUGGACUUAAGUUCCGUUUAUAAUUUUAUAUAUAUAUAAAUAUGUAUGUAUGUACAUAUGUACAUACAUACAUAUAUAUAUAUGUAUGUACAUAUAUACAUACAUAUAUACACAUAUGUAAAUACAUAUAUAUAUAUAUAUAUACAUAUGUAUAUACAUACAUGUAUAUGUACAUGUGUAUAUAUAUACAUACAUACAUACAUGUACAUAUAUACAUACAUACAUGUAUAUACACCAUAUACAUGCAUGUUUAUACAAACAUGUACAUACAUGUAUAUGUUGGUAUAUACAUGCAUGUAUGUACUGCAUGUACAUAUAUAUAUACACACAUGUAUGUAUACAUAUAUAUACACAUGUAUGUAUAUAUGUACAUGUAUGUAAGUAUAUAUGUACAUGAAUGUACUUAUGUAUAUAUAUAAAUAUAUACACGUAUGUAUAUGCAUAUUUAUAUAUGUAUUUACAUAUGUAUCUAAAUAUAUACAUGUAUAUGUGUAUGUACGUAUGUACUGUAUGUAUGUGUGUAUGUACAUUAUAUAUGUAUAUAUGUAUGUACAUAUGCAAAUACUGUACAUACAUAAAUGUAUAUAUUUAUGUGUGUGUAUGUAUGUAAGUGUAUAUGUAUAUGCACACGUGUACAUAUAUAUAUAUAUAUUUAUCUACAUAUGUAUGUAUGUAGAUAUGUAUACACAUACAGUAUAUACAUGUGUGUAUAUAUAUAUGUCUUUUUUUUUUACCCAGAAAGUCCUAUUGAGAUUGAAAAUCCAUUUUCCAAGGGAGUCCUGCCACACACAUGCAUACACCAGCACGGGUGAAGUGUCUUGCCCAAGGACACGACGGCAGUGACUAAGAUCACGGAGCAUUCCAUUUAUUCUUAAACACUAGACCGUCACUAUCUGCAUUUAGGAUCCUGUGGGUAUUUUGACAUUUGGUUAAACAACAAUGUAUUCAUAAAACUCGACCAUUUUUUAAAAUAUCCCAAAAAAAAAAGCAGGAAAUCCUCAUGUUACGACUUUGCUCUCAUAACUUUGCAACCUUUUCUCAUAUCCUUUUCAGCGUGGUUUUCCCCUCGUAGAGAAGGUCUCAUUGAGGUUUUUUUUUUUUAAAUGGAUUAUUCUAGUUUGAACAAAUAUUGAUUGUUGUUACUGUUUAUUAUUAUUAUUAUUAUGAUUAUUGACGUUGUUACUAUGACAAUUGUAAAUGUUCUGAAAUGUACACUUCCCAUGCUUUGUUUUUAAUUCCCCUGUAGAGUAGCUGCUGUCUUCUUUAUUUUUUUUUUCUACUAUUUUCCUAUAACCUAUCCGCUUUCUCGCUCUCCCUUUUACUCUCCUCCUUCCUCCCUUUCUCGGUCCUUCACUGUUGAUUUUGAGUGUCCAUGUGUCAUUGUUGAUAUGUAGGUAACUAUUUCUUUUUAGGGCAAAGAUACAAAAGCACGACAAAAUAAAGAAAAAAUUAAAAAAAAAGAAUUUGGAAAAAAGAAAAAAAAGAAAA